UCAAUCAGGGACAGGCAUUUCCAAAGGGCCUGCGGCACUUCUUUUUGGUCGGAGUUCCUGGCUGGUCAUUGAGGCGCGACCAUGGGGGUUCUUGGUAUCAGGAGGGGUGGUGGUGGAUCAAUGGGAGGUGAAACAGAUGAAGACGAGCUCCGAGUCAGGCGCGAUCCUUCGGAAGGUGAAGGGGAGGUGAUCAAUGGUCGGGGCUGGGCGACGGUGCUCCGCCAAUCGGUUCUGUUUCGCUGGAGGUCGAGGAGUUUGCUUCUGGCCGUACUGAUUGUGGCUUUGUGCUGCGGACUGGACGGGAGACUGGGCGUUGGGAGCGGAGUCCGGCUUAUGACUCUCGCCGAAGGACGGCCGUUGGUCUCGCGCUCGCUUUCUGGCGGCACGGUGUUGGGGGAGAGGUUCUUGCAGGCUACUUUGCCUCGAGCCACUUGUGUUACGAUCUUGAACAGCUCGAUAAUAACAAGUUGCUCUCCUGUGGUGGAGCACUUGCCGCCUUCCGUUCUCUUUGCAGGUCUGCCCGACGACGCAGCUUGUCAGUUCGCCAUCCGUAACUUAGUGCUUCGCCCCGAUGGGUCCGAGGUGUAUUACGUGGCCACUGAUGCCUGUAACAAAGGGACGAAUCCCUUCGCGCCCGACAUAGUCAGUGUCCAGUCAAUCCUGAAGGCGAGCCUGGGAAGCAGCAGCAUGGGCAGCGUCGCCCUUCCAACUCAGCAAAGCGAGGCAGGCGAAGAAUUUCUCGUCAGUUACAUGUGGCCUACCUCCAGUCCGUCAGGAGCCCCUCCUCGAGUCCCGACUGUUGCAAAUGCGACGCAGGGGCAAGCGAUGGCCCACGCAUACACCGCAGCCCUAUCCGAUGACGGGCGCAGCCUGAUAGUAGGUGCGUCCCCGGACCCCGUAACGGAGACGUCAUGGAUCGUCUCGCUGGAUGUGGAGACUGGCGUUCGCUCUUCCAUCCCGAUCAGCGCGGCCACGAUCUACGGUUUGGCGUUCAAUCCGAACCACACUGAGCUGUACAUCGCGGACACAGAGGAGCCGCCCCGUCUUCUUCUGGCGCACGUCAACGGCUCGAGUCCACUGCCGCCUUCCUUCAACGCCAGCUUGUUUCUUACCCUCCACCCUGGUAACUUCAGCACUCCCAAGUUCGGGCCCUACAGCAUGGCAGCAAACGGGACAUGCAUGUACCUGAUGGACGUUAGGCUCGGGCAGGUGUGGGCACUUGACACUGCUUCUCGCCAGUUGACGCUUAUCGUCGGAAAGGAGGCUCCCAUCGCAGCGCAAUUCGAGGACACGUUGGGAGAGCUCGUGACGACAUCGGACGGGCGUAGCGUCUUCUUCACAUCGCUCGGUGGCACAUUGCAUCUCCUCACGCUCGAUUCCGCAUGUGGCACACCUCUCUCCUAUCAAAUCGUCGCCAGAAUGGUAGAUAAUUAUCUCGUGGGCCUGGCCAUCAGUCCGGACGUGGAAUACCUUUACGUAGGAACCGGCGAUGGGCAUAUCCUAAGACUCGGAUUAGGCGAGCUUCCCUAGAAACCACGUGUCUCGCGCGUUUUCCAUCCUCGCUCUUUUCGUCGCACAGCGGCCCCUUUCCCUCUCAUCGAUGUCGCCCCCCGCU